AUGAACAACGUGACAAUUACCAAACCAAAAGCUGCUAAAACGGCCAGCACUCGUCUUUGUUUCCCUCAGAAGGUCUACAACGUGCUGAAUCUCUGUGAAGAGAACCAUCGGGAACACAUUGUCUCAUGGAUGAACGAUGGGACGGCGUUUAAAGUGCACGACUUGGAACAGUUUGAACGUGAAAUGCUCCCCAAGUAUUUCAACACUCAGAAGUAUGCGAGCUUUACUAGAGCCUUGUGUGCCCAUGGAUUUGAUUGUGUCAGGACGGGAAGACAAACCGGGAUUUACUCCCACCCUAAGUUUAAUCGCAACGACCCUUAUGCUCCUUCGAUGAUAAAGAGAGUGAAGAAAGCGAACAAUACAAAGGCACUGAACAAGCUAUCAAAUCGAAGCAAUGGCUUAUCGUCGCGAGACGGAGGGCGAUCAUUUGUGUUUCCAUCGCUUCUGAAUAAUACUCAAACGCUCAUGGAUGAAGAUGCGAAUGCAUCAGGUUUUGCUCAGCUAUACCAAACGGUUCGGUCUCAAAUAGCGGAUCGAACAACAAAUGCGCUCAUACGCCUUCCACCUGGGUCACAAUACGUCACUUCGGACGAACAAAGUGACGAUGAUAGUACGGGUCGACAAUCGCCAUACAAUCCGAUACCCAAUUCGCACUCAUCAGGCCGCAUCCAUCUUGCUGCAAUCGCCGAGAGGACAGAUGAUCCCAACCUGGUUACUCAGAACUUUGUGCCGACCAUGGACAGUCCUACAAGGGCUAAUCUGAUUUGGGACGAGCCAGAGCAACAUGAGCAAAUCGCUCACAACAACUGUUCGGUCUUCGGCAAUAAUGAACCAUCAAUCCCCUUGUCAUCAGAGCUCAGACUUCCUGCAGAGUCGCAAAUCCUUGGCGACUGCGAUAUAGCACAAGAUGAAGAUGAUUUUGAGCCGAUACCCUGGUCCCCAGAGCAUACCCCAUUGCAAAAUGGUUGCGAACACAGCCAUCCCGACCAAGACAUAUUGCUUUCCUGUUGGGAGCCAAGAGGCAUUCAGGAAAUGACUGAAGAGUCAAAUGAAUUGAAUUCAUGGUAUGAUGCUAUGCCAAUCAUUCCAAAAUCAAGGUACCAAGCGCUGUACGACUUUUCAUCUCCGGUCGCUUUACCUGCUCUUUUCCACUACAUGGAUAUUUCAACAUUUGGAAUGUGCUGGGCAAUGUUCCUCAUUGUUGGGCAUACCAUUCAAGCCUUGUUUACUGCCUUUGGACCAAACACGCAAGACUUGGUCUUGAGUCCAAAGAUCAGUAUGCUGAAGCAUAUUUUCAUGGACAUCAUGUGGAUGCAUUCUCUCCUCUCGGCUAUGGUAUUGGUUCCAGAAUACUUUGGAUCAUCGAGCGUUAUGCUGGCGAUAGCCUUUAUCAGCACCCAACCGCCCAACCUUGCGACUAGUCUAAAGACGCACUAUCACAUGAAUAGCCAGAAGGGCGUGCCUUUUGUCCAUGGAGAAUGGUGGAUUGCAGACAUCGUGAGAUUGAUCUUCUUGGGAUACCUGAUUGCGAUUCUCUGCAUUUGCAUAGGGCACUGUUUUACUAUCGCGAAUCUGAAGCUGAUUGGAAUCUUCAUACUGAACUUGACACCGUUAUUUACUUGUGAAUCCUACAGAAUGCUGCUUUCGAUUCCCGCAAGAUUGGAAGGUCGGCAUGGCGACAAGAAAUACAAAUAG